AGUGCGCAUUCGCACUGUUCAAUGUAGAAUUAAACAGUAUCUUUCUAGAGUACAAUGUUGCUAUUCCAAAUCGUCCGAUGUCCGUGGUUUUUAAUUAGCGUCCUUGUGCCAUGUUAUUGCAGCUUACAACCGGGCUUCUCUAAACUUCAGCGAGGACACAGACUGGACAGAAAACUGAUUCAAUCUUUCCCAGAACUCAGUUUCUUGGACUGUGUGAUAGAAUGUCUGGUUACACCACGGUGUAAAUCUGUUAACUAUUUCAAAGGGGCUAAUUUCUGUGAAAUUAACUACGAAAAUAAGACGACAGCGGAGACUAGGUACAUGGAGAGUGAUGGGUGGGUGUACAGUGAAAAGGAGCAUUGGCCAAAGGAGCUGGCUGGAGCUUGUUCGAACUCAACGUGUAAAAUCAACCAGACAUGUAAACACAAAAGAUAUUCCGAGGAUAAAUUCUUUGAAUGUGUUUUGUCAGAUUGUGGAAUACCCGAUCAAAAAAGAAUCAAUUUGAGUUCAAUAGAACGUGAGGACGCCAUUGGCCUACACAGGAGGAUACACGCCUCGUGUUCUGACGGAUACUCCCAGUCUGGUUCAGGGCGUCUGAACUGUCAGUCAAACGGAGAGUGGAAAUACAACAUUGUCUGUGAAGAUAUUGAUGAAUGUCUGAGCAACCCAUGUCAGAAUGGAGGAACGUGCAGUAACAACAAUGGAGCUUACACGUGUAUGUGUGCACAUGGUUGGACAGGGACACUUUGUAAUCAAGAUAUUGACGAGUGCAAGAAUGACCCAUGUCUUAAUGGAGCCACAUGCACAAAAACACCCGGCUCAUUCACCUGUACAUGUGAUGCCGGAUGGAACGGGAUCGUAUGUAAUAAAGAUAUUAAUGAAUGUCUGAACAAUCCAUGUCACAACGGAGGAACAUGCAGUAACAACGAUGGAUCUUUCGAGUGUACAUGCGAAGGUGGAUUCACAGGGACACUCUGUAAUGAAGUUCUGCCGAAUAUCGCAUUAGGAAAGUCUGCCAAACAAUCAUCAACGAAAUCUGACUUUAACGCCUCAUAUGCAGUGGAUGGCAACAGAGGAACAACCUUUCUUGUAGACAAGUGUACACACACAGAUGAUGGCGACAGCAAUCCCUGGUGGAGGGUGGAUCUGCAGGCUGUGUAUAACAUCACAUCUGUCAGAAUACUCAACAGAGGAAAAGAUCAAUACGACGAUAUGUCAUUCCGGCUGCAGGAUGUUAACGUCACUGUUGGUCUGACAGAAUCAGAUGUGAAUACUCCCUGUGGUUUCUUUGCUGGUCCCGGUACUCUGUCACAGCUGGUCGUCAUCCAUUGUCCGACAUCAACACUGGGGAGAUUCGUAAAGAUCUCCAAGAUAACUGAGGCCCUCAGUCUUUGUGAAGUUGACGUGUUCGGCGUCCCCGUCUAAUCAUUAAAUUAUUUGGUGUCAUAGAUGAAAAGUUACCGUAUUAAAAAUACAUGCAUUCGUUUGUGCAUCCCGGAUAAUUUAUUAUGUAUCUUUAUUUUCAAUUCAGCUGGACAAGUCGUACUUAUGCCUUCAGCUAGUUCAAGCAUACAUGUAUCUUUUACAACAUAAACCAAAGCAUACAAUGUGACAUAACACUGAAAUCUUAUACCGCUGCUUUGAAAUCCGAUACCGUAGCAUAUUAUCUCAUGAUUGCCAUUCAUCAUAUCAUAACAUAUCAUACAGCAUGAUUUAACUCUCGUUUAAAUGGUUGUAUUUUUUAAAAAUUUUAAUAUUACAGAUCAAUGGUACAUUUAAUUAAGCUUCUUAUCAUUUUAGUUCAAAUGUUUGAACACUUCUGUACAAUGCGGGAUUUUAUUCAGAUUUCAUUGCAUACCAUAACAUAUCGUAUCAUUAAGCUUUUCAUUUCAAAUAUUCAUAGCACAUCAUACAAAUUUCAUAGCAUGUUAUUAAAAAGUAUAUCAUAUCAUUAAAAUUAUAACCAUAGCAUAGCAUAAUUAUAAAAGACAUGCAUGAAAUAAUUAUUAACAUGUAAUUGUUAUAGUCUGUCCCAAGAUAUUUAUUUGGGCGAUUUUUUUUAUAAAAAUACACAUACCUGUUAAAUAAGUGCAAUUAAAAUAGUUGAAAAAAAAAUUCCAAGAUAAUUUCAUUGACACAUUAUCAUCUUUCACUUGGAAAAAUUCACAGGAACGAAAAAAGAUUCCUUACGGAGAUUUAAAAUGAGGAAUAUUUACAUCUUUUCUCCAUUUGGAAUACACUCGGAAUACAUCGCGCAAUUUUUCAAAGUUAUCUUCAGGGCUCGCUGCAAUACAAAAUCCCGUAGACAUCACAUUUAUAAGCAUUUCAGUGGAACCUGAUAAGCUAACAGGGGCGUUUUGACUGAGAAAUCUUGAAAAAAAAUUGGCACUUUUAAAAGAACACCGUUUGACCCCUGAGGUAUUUAUAAAUAUGAAGCAAUUAAGCAAAAUGUGUAUUCAGGAUAUCUUUAGACACAGUAUAGGUAUGUUGCGUAAUUACUUUAUCUUAUUAUCUCAUUUAUACCACAUACACUGUAUGUAUUGACUGUAAAUCUAUGAUGCACCUUUAUAUGUAUCAACAUUUACAAAAUUCAUUCGAAUCAAUUCCUGUUUGUUUCUGUUAUGUGUUAGCAAUGUUGUGUCAAUAAAAACAACU